UGGUGUAAUAAUAAAAACUGUCUAUUUUAUAUAUGGACACCCAUGAUGUUUUUGUUUUUAGGCAUCUGUUUAUCUGCCUGUUGAGAUUUGUGCUCAUGAAUAAAGUCUUUAUGCAAGUUGGGAAGGUGUGACAGACUCAGGUUUAUUACCCCCAGUGUGGAGCAAAGUCCGACAGAGGGCCUUCACACGGCACCGUGUCUGGGACAGCCGUGUCUGUUUUCAUCUCGGUCCUGAGAGGGCUCAGCGGUUAUGAAUGACAUCUUACGCUGACCCGUACAGCCCCUCUCCUAUGGACAAUGAACAUCUCAAACUAUCUCCUGGAUCUCCCCCAGCCCACUGUUCUCCAAUCCACCGAUUACAAUCUGGACGUAUUGACCCAAGAGGGACCGUCAACAUCUCAGGACUUUAAGCCGGACCCUGAUGGUAGGGCAGCUCAGGAUGACGGUUGUCCGGUGUGUGGUGACCGAGUGUCAGGGUAUCACUAUGGCCUACUCACAUGUGAGAGCUGUAAGGGUUUUUUCAAGCGCUCAGUGCAGAACAACAAGCGCUAUAUGUGCGCAGAGAGACAGAGCUGUCCAAUGGACCCGGCCCAGAGGAAACGAUGCCCUUAUUGCCGCUUUCAGAAAUGUUUAGCUGUGGGCAUGAAAAGAGAAGCUGUACGUGCAGACCGCAUGAGAGGUGGACGAAAUAAGUUCGGGCCACUAUAUCGACGAGACAGACAACUGAAACAGCAGAGAGGAGUCUAUCACACAGCGAACACCGCCCCCUACAGGAUCAAACAUGAAGGACCACAACCAUCCUUACAUCAUGAUUUUCAUGUCUCAAACGCUUCCCCUGAUGUUCUUGCCCCUGACCAUUACUACUCGCCUCCGCCCUUUCCUCACAGCAUCUCCCAAUCAGAGUUUCCAAUGUUGUUGGACUGCACCGUACCCCGAGACCGGACACCGUCUGACCCAUCUCUGUCGUUUCACACACUGUACUAUCCAGGCUUUCACGGAUACCACGGAAAAAGGGAUCUCUCGCUCAACUACAGCCCUGCUUCCGUGUCGCCCCCUGCACCGAUCUCCCCUACCGUUGUCUCCACACCCGUCACCACGCUCACGCCAGCCUCAACUCCAUGUUCAACCCCUACAGCACAUAGCUUGACCACCAUGACCCCUAACCCUAGCUUGUGCUUUUUAAGCCAGCUCCUAGAAUCGGAGCCGGAUGAGAAGCAGCUCUGCACGCGGGUGUUGGCGAGCCUUCAAAGAGAGCAAGCCUAUAGAGGAAAACACGACCGCCUCAACACCUUCAGCAUCAUGUGCAAAAUGGCCGACCAGACUUUGUUUGCGCUGGUGGAGUGGGCUCGCAACAGCACACUGUUUAAAGAACUUAAGGUGGAGGACCAAAUGGUGCUUCUGCAGAGCUGUUGGAGUGAACUGCUGGUUCUGGAUCAUCUGUGCCGACAGGUGGCUUAUGGUAGAGAUGGUCGCAUCUAUUUGAUUACUGGACAACAAAUUGAGGUAUCGAUCAUUCUCAGUCAGGCUGGAGUUUCUCUCGGUAGUUUGGUGUCCAGAGCCCAGGACCUUGUCUUCAAGCUUAAAUCACUUCAGCUGGACAGGGAGGAGUUUGUGUGCCUUAAAUAUCUGGUUCUCUUCAACCCAGAUGUCAAAUCAGUACAGGAUCGCAGACAGGUUGAACAGACUCAAGAGCGUGUAAACCGAGCUCUGAUGGACCACACCAUGCAGACCCAUCCGGGUCACUCGGACAAGUUUGGCCAGCUGCUGCUCCGUCUGCCCGAGGUUCGCAGCAUCAGCCUGCAGGUUGAGGAAUAUCUGUAUCAGCGCCACCUGCUGGGAGAUUUACCCUGCAACUCACUCCUCACUGAAAUGCUGCAUGCUAAGCAGACAUAGGACUGUUUUUGAUAACUCUUAAUCUAUUUGACCUCCGAGUAUUAAAUAUGGAUUUGUGGCACAAAAUAAAUAUUUAAACGUCAGCAUUUCGAGCUUUGAACAAAUCGAGAAACUAAUUGUCAUCAGUGGUUGUAUGUAUAUGCCAAAAUAACCAUUUCCGGUAUCUUUCUAACGGCAAUAAUAAGGGUAGAUGCUUUAUGGAAUUACGAAAUGAACCAUGGUUUUAUACCAGUUAAAACAAACAAAUAAAACAUGGUUACUUUAAUAAAACCAUGGUAACCACAAAAUAACCAUGGUUUUGAUAAAACAGUUUAGUAAAAUAGUUUUGCUGAUAGUAAUCAAUACACCAAAAACCAUGGUUACUACACUUUUACAACAAUAAUAAUGUGGCAAAAAAUACAUUUAUUUGGCCAAAAACAUGUUUUAAAUAAAUGCUAAAUACAUUUUGUAAAAAAGUAAAGAUUAAUUAUUUUUGAUAGAUUCUUAAUAUAUUCCAUACUGAACAAUCCAGCUAAGACCAGCAUAAGCUGGUAGCUGGUUUUAACUGGUUCAAGGUGGCAGUAGCUGGUUUAAGCUGGUCCUCCCUGGCAAAGCUGGUAAAGAUGGUGGGUCUUCCAGCCUGACCAGCUAAGUCCAACUAGACCAGCUUAAAAAGUGACCAAAACACAGCUAGACCAGCUUGCUUCACCAGCAAAUCCAGCUAAAACCAAGCUGGUAGACUAGUUAAAACCAUCUUACCAGUUUAUGUUGGCCUUACAUGGAUUUUUCAGUAGGGUUUAUUUUAACCAACAUAUAUUUUAAAAUGUAUUUCAAGGACAGGCAAAUACAUUUCAAAUGUUAUAUUCCAUUUGGCAAAAAAUAUUUUAAAUAUAUGCCUAAUACAAGUAAAUUUUAUAAAUUAUAUGUUUGAGGUUGAAAAUAUAUUUAAUUUUACCUUUUUCAAACCUGUUAUGUUUAUAGGUUCAUAAGAUAAACAAAGUUUGUCUUCCAGUGCGAUGUGAAUAUAUUUCCUUGGAUUGAAAUAUGAGGGCUAAAUAUAUUUUUAAUGCUUAAAAAUGUAUUUCUUUUUAAAAUAUAUUUCAAAAUGGCCAACGUAUAUCUGAUAAAAGUGUUUUUAUGAACAUAUUCCAAAAGAUAUUUAAAAAUAUAUUUUUGGCAUAUGGGAAAGACUUGAGAGAGACCCAAAGGGGCAGUUCCCGGACUAUAGGGAUUAGAAUAGUCCUAGACUAAAACAUUUUUAAGAGCUGUCCAAACUGAAACAACUUGCACUGACAUAUCUUAAAAUACAUCAGUGUCCUUUGUUUUGCCUCAAAAUGCACACAAGUAAUGUUUUUAAUAAGGCAUGUUUGUUCAAACUAUAUUAAUUAAACUGGGCAGUUUAAUCCAGGACUAGGCCUUAAAGAGUUUAGCAACAGUUUGUUUUUUACAGUUUUUACAGUGUUGUGUAGCACAUGAAUGAAUAAAAAUGUGCUAAUGAAUACA